CAGCCCAAAAUCAACCAUUCAUCAUCUUCUUCAAACUUCAACGUAACAGCCAUGGACGACGGGAACGUAGCUCAGCGACGGAACCAGCAGCGUAGAGAGACAGACACGACGCCGGCGUCGCCUGAGGGAGAAUAAGACAGCAGCGUCGCUGGAAGACCCAACUCUGCCACUGCCGCCGACCUCCGUUUUUCCGCCACGGCUAAUUCCGGAAAUCGGAAUCCCCAACCUCAAAAACCCUACCUCCGUUUUCCCGCCACAAAUCGGAAUCCCCAACUUCAAAAACCCUACACCAAUCCGGUCCGCUCCCAUUUUUCUCAUAAAGAUUCAACCUUUUUUCCACCUCCACUGCAAGUGAAGUUUUCCGGGAAGAUUGAAGAGUAACAGAGGAAGGAGGAUUAAGGAUGUUUUACUCUCACACAUUCUUGGCUCGGAAGGGUCCAAUGGGGACUGUUUGGUGCGCGGCGCAUCUACAGCACAGACUCAGGAAGACGGAUUACACCAGAACCAAUAUCCUGUCUACCGUUGAGUGCAUCAUGUUUCCUGAAGUACCAAUUGCACUGCGGAUGUCUGGCCAUCUUUUGCUUGGUGUUGUUCGAAUAUAUUCAAAACAGGUCGAUUACUUUUUUCAAGAUUGUAAUUACCUAGACUUGCGGUUAAAAAAGGCGUUAUUGUCAAUGACUGUCAAUCUACCUGAAGGUGCAACUUAUGAUAUCGUAACGAAUGGCAAUCUACCUGAAGGUGCAACUCAAGCAACUUAUAAUUCCAUCACUUUGCCAGAGACGUUUCAACUCGAUGCAUUACAAUCAGAUUAUGAUUUACGUGCAGAGAGGUUUGUGGAUACUCACCUUAAACCACAGGAAGAGAUCACGCUGGAAGAUCAAGUUCCCAUUGGAGGUGAUCAAUAUGUUGCCAUUUAUGUUGCUGAUGAGGAUGAGGGGAGGGAGUUAUCAACUGAGAAUAUUGCCUCUGGAUUGCAAGCAACACCUAUGGAGAUAGACCCUCACCCUCCAGUUGGGGAGGGCACACCUGGUGGUCCUCGACAUUCUCCCCCGAGCACCCCGGGAGGACUAAAUAAGAGCGCGGGUCAAGAGGCCGUUGCUCAAGAGUUUCCGGAAACUGAGGUUAUGCGCGAUGCUUCGCAUGAUGUUGGUGUUCCUAGUACUCCGAUGUGGCAAGACAGGAGGGAUGAUGUGUUGGAACCUGACCUUGUUUUGGCGGAGCAGGUGACGAAAGAUGAUCAAAAUGUUUCUCCUGUAGCUGAGGAAAUGUUGCCCUCGGGUGGGCGUUUUUCCCCGCCUCAACGCCCCGAGCACCCUUCAGCUUCUGCAGAAGUUGGCCAAGGAAACACUAGUUCGCCCCUGUCAUUUGGGAACGGAUCACCUGAACUAGCAAUGUGCCCAUCCCCGCCUCCACCACCUCCCCCUCCUGAACCUGAGCAGCGAUGUGCAAGGCAAAGAAAGAGGAAACUCGUCAUUGAUGAUGCCUUAGUGUUGUCAAAUCAGGUUAUUAGGGCUGGACUAAACGACACAAGUCGCUUGAAACGGGAGAGAAAGGAAGCUCCCCACACUUUGGGCAUAUGGAGAUCAAACAAGAGACUAAAAAAGGAUGCCAUGUUCUUUGAGCCCUUAAUAACUGGGCAGUGUGGAGAUCUCUCGAAUAUGCACGAACAAGAUUUCGUUUUUGCACAAGCUCACCCCUCGUCCACAGAUGAGGCUCGUGAAGAGGCCACGGGUGCACAAUCUCCCCCUUCUUUGGGGCGUGAUGAAAUGGAAAUCGAACAUCUUCGUGAGAAUGUAGACCCUACUGAAGGCGGCGAUAUUUUGCAUGAAGUCUUGCCUAUGCCAAGUACAUUGGUUUCCUCUCCGGUCACAUCCAUGCGUUCUCCGAGCAGGCAAGAAGAUUUUACUCCUGCUCCUACCUCAUUAGGGGAACAAUCAGAUCAGGUUGAAAGAACUAUUGAUUCUGGGGUAUUACCUACACCAGACCCUGCUGCAUCAACUGGACAUCUUCAUUCAGAUAUCGACACCCCUUUGACAAUCCCCAAGGAGGAUUUACGGUUUGAAGCCACGCCUCUAUCUGAUAUCCCCGAGUUUGACAAUUCUGCUGGGGAUUUAAGUUUUCUGGAACAAGAUGAAAGCACCCCUACUGGCUCUCAGGGAACUCCAGAAGUGGGUUUAUCUGGAAAACAAAGGACUCCAGAAUUUGAUGCAUUAUCUACCAGAACAAGAGCUGUCGCACAAUAUCUUAAAGGUCAGUCAUCAACAACCCCUGUCUCCGAAGGUCAAUUGCCAGCAAGUACCAUGCCGGGACCUGGAGAUCUGAGCUUAAAUGCAGUUCUGGAAGGCAAAAGCAGGAAAAUAUGCGCUAGAAUGUUUUUCGAGACUCUUGUUUUGAAGAACUGCGGGCUGAUAGAUGUAAAGCAAGAAGAACCCUAUGGUGAUAUUACUUUGAAGACAACUUGUAAGCUAUGGAAGGAACAACUAUGAAGCUAUAUAUAGGUAGAAUACAGAAAGCAUAAUUCUUUAGAUGCAUGUACCCAUGUAGGAGCUAGAAAGCCAAAACCCUGUAAUUUAUACUGGUAAGAUUAACAACGAUUUUGCCAUUUUCUUGAUGAUCAAAUAUGAUAAGCUAUUCAAAGUUGGUUCCUAGGCAAAAUGUAUAUAUGCCAGAAACAUGAGCA